CAGCUUCUUCCCCCAAAAGUCCCAAUCCCCCAACCACAACAAAACCGAGCACUUUCGGUCCGAAAUUAAAAUAAAUAAAUAAAAACCGCCGACGGCCGGUCUGUCGCCGGGAAACACCGCAAGAUGUACAGAGACGAGCUGGCGUGCAAUUCGCACGACUAUGGAGACGCGAUUUACUGGGACUCCAGGUAUAUUCAAGAAGCAGGGGUUGGGCCCUUCGAUUGGUACCAGCGCUACUCUUCUCUCCGCCCUUUCGUUCGCAAGUAUAUCCCCACCUCUUCCCGUGUUCUCAUGGCCGGCUGUGGAAAUGCAGUUAUGUCAGAGGAGAUGGUGAAGGACGGGUAUGUGGAGAUUAUUAAUGUUGACAUAUCAUCUGUGGCAAUUGAUAUGAUGAGAAGGAAGUAUGAGCAUGUACCGGAACUCCAAUACAUGCAAAUGGAUGUUAGAGACAUGAGCUUAUUCCCCGAUGACUCAUUUGAUAGUGUGAUUGACAAAGGAACUCUUGAUUCCUUAAUGUGUGGCACCAAUGCUCCAAUUAGUGCUUCUCAAAUGCUCGGGGAAGUGAGCAGGGUUCUGAAGCCGGGUGGAAUAUACAUGUUGAUAACUUAUGGUGAUCCCACAGUGAGGAUGCCUCAUCUGAAUCGAGCAGUGUACGGCUGGAAAAUUGAACUAUACAACAUACCUAGACCUGGAUUUCAACAUAAGCCCGACUCGACCUCUUGUUUGAGAUCACAUUUGGAACCCGUGCCUCUGACCGAGACGGGCUUACUUCCUUCGGAUUAUGUCAUGGAAGACCCAGAUUCACAUUUUAUUUACGUAUGUAAAAAGAUGGACUCCACAUAUGCUUCCGGGUAAAAGAUGGCUACCUCCUGGAACGAAGCCUGCAAUAGAGAUUCGGCUUACAUUACACUUCCUGCCUUUGUUUUCUACACAAAUGUAUGUAUAUUUUUAUAUUUUGGGUACUCAAUGUGCAUUAUCGGCGGGUCUUUCAGAAAGGUUUUUUUUUGUUUAUAAAAAAAUCUUUUCUAGGUAAGGGUAAGGUUUGAGUACAUGACCCACUUAUGGGAUUAUACUGAGUUUAUUUUUGUUGUUGUAAAUUGUAAUGUGCAUUAUUGGUGAAAGGAAGUUGAAAUUUGGUGAGGCGUGAUCUUAAGCACCAUGUUGGGAAUGUU